GAAAAUUUCAAUCGUAGCAGCCGUUUCUUUCACAGACUUUUACUUUCACGAUAAACCCCAAACGAUUUUUAAAAAACCCGCAUCUCCAACUUGACGUGUUUGCAGUUGACGGAAAUAGUUAUCAGGCAACAACUACGUUGCGAUGUUAGAUAGUAUUAUUAUUUGAUUACAUGCAAAAUUCUGCAAAAAUGUCACUGCUGUGCAAUACUGGCGAUUGGUUUACCUUGGGACAAGGAAAUGCGUUCAGAAAAAUCGAACUGUACGCGAUGGAAUGGCCACCGAACGUCAAUCUGGAUAACAUGAUAGUUCACGCCGCAGCUUAUGGAGGACCGAUUGUCGUAAUGAAAGACCCGAAAUCGUUCAUUAAGAUAGAGAGUGGAAUAAGUGCCAGACCGAUGAUCUUAUACAUAUUUAACUGUGUGGGCAAACUUCUUUCCUCGAUCAAUUGGGAUUGCGGUGUUCUUGUUAGAGUUGGAUGGUCAGAUGCGGAAGAGUUGGUUGUCGUGCAGGACGAUGGCACAAUCUUCAUCUACGACAUGUUCGGUAACUUUGUACACAAAUUUAGUAUCAGCAAGGACGUGACCGACGUAAUCGAUGCACGCAUUUUCACCUCCGCCUCUGGCACUGGCGUAGCGGUAUUGACUUCAAAUUUGAAAAUCUACGUACUGAAUAACAUUAAGGAUCCAAAGUAUCGGCCUUUGUCCGAUUUGUUAAACUUUUCCGUCGGUCUUACUUGCUGGGAGGUCAUUUCGAGAGACCGCACUACAGUCUGUUUAAUAGCAGGUCAUGGGCACGACGUAACAAUUGCUCGGUAUGGCGAUAAUACCCUCACUUCAAUUCCGGUGACAAUGAAAACCGAGUUCAAAACGAUCACUGCGAUGUGUGCGUCUUUCGAUCAUCAGCAUUUAGCCUUAUACACCAGCUCCGGCUGCCUUUGGAUGGGAUCCUCUGAUCUAAAACAAAAAUAUUGCGAGUUCACAACGGGAAGAACUGAAAAACCUCACCAAUUGGCUUGGUGCAUUGACGGGAGUGCUGUGUGCGAAUCGCAGGCAAUGAUCAUUAGCUUCUCAAAUCUCAUAAUGAUUGUAGGCGCAACGGGAGAGUCCAGCAUUUACACGUAUGAUUCAUCCCUGUCUCUUGUGCAAGAGAUGGACAGCGUGCGUGUACUGAGUAGCACCAGUCAUGAAUUAAUUCAAAAAGUGCCGAACAGUACGAGCAAAAUUUUUGGCAUCAACAUCUCCGAACCAGCCAGCUUUCUGUUCGAAGCACACCGGAAGUUUCGGGAACGAAGCCACCAGUCAGACGAGUAUUUAUGCCUGAUUCAAAGCAAGCUACCAAUCGCCGUUGCCGAUUGUAUUGAAGCGGCUGGGCACGAGUACGAUACGAGCACACAGAAAAGCUUGAUUAGAGCCGCAUACUUUGGAAAGAGCUUUCUCAACGGGUACAACUGUGAUGACUAUAUUCGCAUGUGUAAAACUCUCAAGGUGCUCAACGUGCUUCGCGAUCCGAACGUUGCGAUUCCCAUCACCAUUCGACAAUUCUAUCACUUGCAGCCGAUUAUUACCCUAGAUCGGCUGGUGUUUCGCAAGUACUACGGACUCGCAAUUCACAUCGCCAAGUAUCUGAACAUAUUAGAGAAACGCAUUCUGGAGCACUGGGCGUUCCAGAAGAUUGCGCAGGAUAAAAACGAUGAUGAAGUGGCGCGAAAAAUUGCUGCAAAAUUUUCGAGCGCCGAUCUGCAAGAAACGAUGUCCUUCGCUAACGUUGCUGAAAAGGCACAGCAACUAGGUAAAAUUAAACUAGCAAUUACGCUGCUUGAGAUGGAAGCGAAAAAGAAGCUGCAGGUGCCGCUACUACUGAAGUUAGGUGCUAGCGAGAAAGCUCUCAUUGCAGCCACACAAUCCGGUGAUAUUGAUCUGAUCUAUAUGGCUUUGCUAGAGAUGAAAAACACGACAGCGCUGGCGAAGUUUCACAUGACGAUACGACGCUAUCCGCUGGCUCAAAAUCUUUACAAAAAGUAUUGCCAGCUUAACAGUUUGUCCACACUCAAGGAUAUUUAUUCACAAGAGGACGAAUUCCUUGCACAAGCUGAAAUAACGCUGCGUGAAGCACUUCAGCACGAUAACUUAGAUGCAACCAUUCCAGACGUUAGUGCUAACUACCGACGAGCGGGAAAGUUAAUUGAAGCAGAACUAAGCGAGGAAACGAAGAAGUUGAUCAAGCACCAGAAGCUGCUCAACGAUAAGCAUCAGAAAGAGUUCCAUGGAUUAUCUCUGCACGUGACGGUACGCAAGCUACUGCAGCUCGGUGAUGUGCGAUAUGCAGAAAAAUUGAAAAAUGAGUUUAAAAUGCCCGAUAAACGCUACUGCUGGGUUAGAGUGCAAACGCUAGCGGAAAACUUUCAAUGGGAAGAGUUGGAAAAAAUUUCAAAAUCUAAGAAAAGCUUGAUCGGAUACGAACCAUUCGUGGAAGUUUGUCUUCGUCAGUUGAAUGUUGCCGAGGCGAAGAAAUAUUUACCACGGUGUAGCGAAGAGAACAAAUUAAAAUGGUACCUACGUGCAGGUUGCUAUGUUGAAGCGGCCAACAUAGCAUUCGCACAAAAGGAUAUCGAUAGUUUGCUCAAAAUCUACGAUUACUGCACGAGCGACUCAUCACUCAUGUCCACGUUGGAAAGCAUGAUAGGCCAAUUGUCAAAGAAGUAAUGCGAUUGUCAACUAGGAGCAAAAACAGCGUUUUAACAGCAGUAAAAAGUAUCUUAAUCCAAAAAAAGUUCCACGUUUGUAAUCAUAACAAUCACUUAUAACAGCAAUUGAGUUCCUAAGUUGUAUUUGAUGACACAUGCUUAGUACAUUUGUAAGAUAAGCUGAUGCAGUUACGUAAUACGUUAGUUAGUCAGAGAUCACACAAUUUGUUGAACUAACAUUACUCUACUUUUGAACCUUAUAUUUGAACCAUCAUAAUUAAUUGAAAUAAAGUUCCAA